GGACGGGUAGAAUAGUAAAUAGUGCAACAGUACACCCUGACUUGCUGACAGGGAAUGUGGAGAGGUUCUGGCCUCUGGUUGUUACUGCUGGAUGGACAAGCACUGACAAAGCAGGAGACAACACUUUGUUGAGCUUUGAGAGAGGAGGAGAUUUCUCAACAUGGCUUUUUGUUUUGGCUUGUUGUUUUUUUUUCUGUGACAUUUGAGCCUCCAACACCAGAGACUCUGAAGAGUUGGGGGAUCCACAAGAAAACAUCUUUUCACCACAGACACACAAGAGGAGGACGUAUUUGAUGAACUUUGUAGCUGCAGAGAACACAAAGAUAUUAUUCCACGAGUGAAAGGAGUGUACUGUCUUUCUCACCACUUCUUAUUCUUAUAUCAACUGUGGAAUCACUUUCAGCUGGAUCUUUUUGGGCUAUUUACCGGGCACAGAGGUGUUCCUGGGCCAAAAUACUUUUUGUAUAUAAAAGCUGAUGAGGCUUUGUGGUCGGUUCUUCUCUGAAAAACAAAGAAAGAAAGAAAAUCCAAUUUCCAAAACUCCCCAUAAAUCUUUUUAUUUUUUUCUCUUCAUCACGAUCACCUCUGCUUUUAUAACAGCCUCGACAAGUCAAGAGUGCGUCUGGACUAGAACUGCCUCAGAUCGGCAGAUAACACCUCUGCAUGGCAGGAACUGGUUGGACUAGUUUAUAAGUUUGAGUAGAGGGCAGGGCAGUUUAACCCUGCCUGAAGGAGAGCAACGUUUUUCCUCCCACUUACUUGUCCUUUUGGGAGAAAGUCGAGCACAGAGAGAGGGGUAGAGCCGCUUUUUCAUUUGGACUAUGCUUAGGGAUAGGUAAGGUGUUUUUUUUUUACUUCUUGCAGGGGGGGAGACGUAGAGGGAAAGUAGGAGGGAGGGAGAAAGGGAGAAGGAGUCAAAGUGUAAUUUAUUGUUUCCAGUGAAAAGAGCAAGGCUGCACCCUUUUCUCCUGCCUGAACUCUGAACCACUCAAUGUGUGUCUGAAGUUUUCUCAGACCUCGGGAGCCAUUGAUCGAAGGUCAGGGCAGAGAACACAAGGGUGAUAGACAAGAACAGAGAGAGCGGAGGGAUUAAAGAAGAGCGAGAGAGAAAACAGCACUGGGAAGGACCUCCGGGUCAUUACAACCAGACGGCAAAGGGGAGAAAGGUCAACACGGGAGAGUCCGGGACAACUUUUUUCUAUCCAACUUCUAGAUCUUUUCGGACAAAACCCGCCUUUAAAACAAGUCUGGAGCCUCUGUUUUCUUGUUUGGGAUCGUUUUUUUAGACUUUAAGGCUAGUCGGAGGCUGGGGGACGGGGCGGGUCUGUGUAUGAUCCACUCACAGAGCUGCGUGUCUCAGAGAAUAUGGCCAUGGUGAGCGGGGGAUGGGGCAACCCCAACGGGGACACUAAUGGACUGGGGGAGAAGGCUUACCUGAGGAGGGAGGAAGAGGAUGGCUCGCCUCAGGCCGGGAGCAGCGACGUAGACGUCGGGGACGAGGACAAGGCCUGCGUGGUGGACUGUGUGGUGUGCGGGGACAAGUCGAGUGGAAAGCACUACGGCGUGUUCACCUGCGAGGGCUGCAAGAGCUUCUUUAAGAGGAGCAUCAGAAGAAACCUCAACUAUUCCUGCAGAUCAAAUCGAGAAUGCCAAAUCGACCAGCAUCACCGCAACCAGUGCCAAUACUGUCGUCUGAAGAAAUGUUUCCGUGUAGGAAUGCGCAAAGAAGCAGUCCAGAGAGGCCGAAUCCCUCCAUCUCACUCAGGUAUCAGUCCCAACUCCCUGGCAGGUGGGGUUGGAGGUCCAGGGCCAGGUCACAUUGGGGCGGACUACUUCAACGGGCAGCCGGUGUCAGAGCUCAUCUCCCAGCUCCUCCGAGCUGAGCCAUACCCCAGCAGCCGCUACGUGACCCCGUACGGUCAGGCCCAGAUGCAGGCAUCUGCCAGCGGAGCCUCCGUCAUGGGCAUCGACAGUAUCUGUGAGCUGGCUGCCAGGCUCCUCUUCAGCACCAUCGAGUGGGCCAGAAACAUCCCAUACUUCCCAGAACUUCCAGUCUCAGAGCAGGUGGCGCUGCUGAGGCUGAGCUGGAGCGAGCUCUUCAUCCUGAACGCAGCUCAGUCUGCUCUGCCUCUACACAUGGCUCCUCUGCUGGCAGCUGCCGGGUUCCACUCAUCUCCCAUGUCUGCUGAGCGUGUGGUGUCCUUCAUGGACCAGGUCAGGGUGUUCCAGGACCAGGUGGACAAGCUGAACAGGCUGCAGGUGGACUCAGCCGAGUACAGCUGCCUCAAAGCCAUAGCACUCUUUUCACCUGAUGCAUGUGGUCUGACAGACCCAGCCCAUGUGGACUCCCUGCAGGAGAAGGCCCAGGUGGCCCUAACAGAGUAUGAGAGGUUGCAGUACCCCAACCAGCCACAGCGCUUCGGCCGCUUACUGCUUCGCCUGCCAGCUCUGCGCGCCGUGCCAGCCAACCUCAUCUCCCAACUCUUCUUCAUGCGGCUAGUGGGCAAGACACCCAUCGAGACGCUGAUCCGAGACAUGCAGCUAUCGGGGAGCUCCAUCAGCUGGCCCUACGUACCGGGACAGUGAACCCAGCUGACUCCAGAGUGAGGCAGACAGAGAUUAGAUUGGGUUGAAUCAGAGCUCACAAAGAUUACAUAUCAGGUACAAACGGAAUGUUAUGAAUACAAACUGGUUCUAACCUCCAUAUAUAUAUACACACACACAUACAUAUAUGUAUGUAUGUUUGCAGCACUUGUCAGUUUUGCUCUAACCUCAAUCUGAUCUCUCUCUGUCUGAAACUGGAGAAAAACAGAGGGCUUUGAUCAAACAUCAGACUCUAACAUGAGGCCAUGUGCCUGUACUACCUCCUCCCAUAUCAUCCCUAAUGUGACUCAGUUUGAACGCUCUUUGUGUUUUCCCUCUGCUUUGUUAAAAAUGAAGCCAUAGCAGUGGCACUUUUACAGGCAGAGCUUUAUAACUGGGACAUGUUGUUCAGUUGUGUCAUGUUUUCUUUGUGGAUUGAAAUUGUUACCAAAUCUAUUUGUGUGAAGACUGAAAAGUAUCACCUUGUACAGCUUUAAAACAAUGAAGAGGCAUGGGCAUUGUAUUGCAUAUUAUACUAUAUGAUGUACUUUAUAAACAAGACAUUAUUAUGUUAUGUGCCUAAAGGAAAAGUUCAACAAUUUGGGAAAUACGUUUAUUUACUUUCUUGCAGAGUUAGAUGAGAUGAUUGAUUGCACUUACUCAUCUGUAAAGUAAAUGUGAAGCCACAGCCAGCAGCCGAUUAGCUUAGCUUAGCUUAAAGACUGGGAACAGGGGGAAACAACUAGUCUGGCACAGUUCAAAGGUAACAAAGUCGAUCUGCCAACACCUUUAAUGCUCUCUAUUUAACACGUUGUCUUUUUUGUUAAACCCAUACAAAACCUGAGGUGGAAAAACAACAUGUUUUACAGGGUUAUGUACUGGACCUUUGCUUGAUCCGAGACCAGUAAUUUUCUUGAGUCUCUACUGGUUGCAACAGCCAAAUAAAUAUCACCCGUAAAACAACAGUUUUACUUUUUAUGCAUUUUUUUUGUACAGAUUCAACUUAUUAAAUAUAAUUAGCUGUUGCCCCAUUUAAAGUUUUAAUGCAAAGCUAAACUAGCCAGCUACCAGUUCCAGCUUCAUAUUUACUGUACUCUCUGCAAAGUAAAUAACCAAACUUCCCAGAAUCUUGAACUAUUCCUUUAAUCUAAUAUAUUAUACAAUCAUGUUCUUGCAACAGGAAGUGUUGAAUGUAAUCAAACACACCUGGCUCCUCAGACAGUCACAUCCAUCUCUAACAUUAUUACCUCGUGUUUUAUACAUCAAAGACAAAGAUUGUAUAUUCAUGUGCUAAAGCUAAAUAUAAAGGGAUCAAUGUGUCUUUAUCACAGAAACCUUAAACACUAAUAUUCCCCUGUAGACCUGCCUGUCCAAUAUAUUUGAAUAUAUUUUGAAAUGUAAGACCCAAAGUUUGACAUAUCAUUUACAGAACACUACACUUAGUCAAAUGACCUUUGUUUUUCUGGUUCAUGGCUUUAAACUGGAGACUUGUUUCCUCUACUUUUAUUACAGUAGAGGUUGUUCAUGUUCAUUUUCUUUUACAUUCAUGGUCCCAUUUUUAAAAACAGUGUGUUAAAGCACAGGCUAAAGUGGGCAGAGGUCACUUUCAGAUCAUUAUUAUUCUUGUGCAAGGUACUCCAAGUGUUGUAAGUGUUGUAAAGUUUAUGGUGUUUGUUGGUAAUGAGAUCAAAGGAUACUAUGCAGUCACAUUCAUGGGUGUCAUUGCCAUAAAGUGCAUCUCAAUGUUUUUAUUGCCAAAUUAACUGACUGAAAGAAAAGACAAUGUGGGGAAAAACAUGUGUUUUUGGUAAGACUUUUUGUAUUCCCCUUAAAAAAGACAACAAUGAUCCCUGUACUGCCAUCAACUUCAUCAACAGCUCUUAAGGCUGUUCUUGAAUCACUUUGUGUUAUUUGUUUGAAUAUAAGCGAUGGUGAUUUGACUGUGUAGCUUUACUUUUAAAAGAAGCAUGUUUCUUUGACCAUGCCAAACCUAAAAAAUGCAAAAGAAGUUCAUAUGACUGGUUAUUUUUGCAUUGUGAGAAAUAAAAAAAUGUACAUUC